AUGGCGGCCAUGGAGGAGCUGCAGAUCCAUAGCAAGUCCUACUUCGUACGCUGGAUCAACGUCAGCGCCGGCCACACCAUCUCGUGGAGCAUCCAACCGCAUAAGAAAUCUGUGAACUUUGGAAUUUUCAAGCAUCCUGGUCAAUCGUCACUGGCGUCCCAUCUGCCCGCUUCCGAUUCGCAAAGCACCGACUCCAACGAGAACCUCCCCGCUACCGCCGCAAACCCCGGCUCCCGCAAUCAGCAGACUACCGUCAUCGAGAAGCUGACAGCCAUUGGCCUCAAGUCGAUCAAAUGGAUAGGAAAAUGUGAAGCUGACAGGAUCUCUAAAGGCACGUAUGACGUGCCGGCGAGUGAGUCAGGGAAUUACGCGCUCGUGUUCGACAACACCUUUUCCAAACAGGUCUCCAAAACAGUCACCCUUGUCCUGCUUACCUAUCCGACCGGCCUGCAACCCCAUGCCUCCGCAUCCAUAGCGCAGUCUCAACAUGCGGCUUCUACGGAGUCGCUACCACAGAGCACCGGUCGCCGACGAGGCAAUAGUCGGGCCACCCUGCAGGCACAACGGUCUGACUUAUCGGUUCCAUCGAAUAUCCAAAGCGGGAUUCUGCAGAAACGGCGGAGAAAACGUCAUCAGGGCUGGGCACGUCGAUAUUUUUCCCUAGACUUUAUCUCGUCGACUCUCUCCUAUUACCAUGACCCAAACUCGUCCGCUUUGCGUGGUGCGAUUCCACUCUCAUUGGCGGCCGUGGCAACCAACGAGAAGUCUCGCGAGAUCUCAAUUGAUUCGGGCGCUGAGAUCUGGCAUCUCCGUGCCAGCAACGACCAUGAGUUUGCGACGUGGAAGCAGGCCUUGGAGAGGGCUUCCUUGAAGAAUACAUCGCAAGACAACGGCUCGCUUGCUAUUGGUCCCCCGGAACUGCGGUUAACUAUGCCACCGUCCGCUUCUGCGGAGGAAGAACACGAAUGGAGUCGGGUCGAGGGCCUAGUGAGCAAGGUGUCUGGCACUCGUGAUGCGGUGCGUCGGCUUGCCAAGGACACUGAUCCUAAAUAUCUCGCGACCGCGCCGCUGCCAUCCCCCCGGGAGCCUCGCAGCCGGGGUCGCUCGCCGAGCCCUCAUCCUCCUGGGACUGACCCCCAAGGAGACGCGAGACGUCCCUUCUGGAAGCGCAAGACGAGUGGAAAUUCUACUUCUAGUGGGAAGCAACCGGGCGCCAAUUCCUCCCAGCUGGCAGUGCCGGCAGGCUCUGGUAAGCCUGCUAGCAUCACAAGCCAUGCGGAUGGCCUGGAUGAUAUGCAUGAUAAUUUAAUGGCUGUUUUGCGCGAUCUUGACAACGUGGUGUCAGAGUUCUCAACGCUCAUUUCAGAGAGUAAGCAACGACGAAAUCCGCCCCGAUUCUCCAUGGUGCCUCGGCGCAGCAUGGAGUCGGAUAUCUCGCAGGAAUUCUUUGAUGCUCCGGAUGGGGGCGCCCCGUCCCCACUCCUGACCAUUCAAGAUAGCGAUGAUGAAGACCCCACCGAGGAUCGACCUGCCCCGGCUGCCGAGGAUGUAGAGGAUGAUGCACCCUCAGACAGUGAAGAUGAACCGGAUUCUGCUCCCCACGAUAGCACCGGUACCUCGCCGCUCUUCCCAACUCGCGCCAAGUCUUUGGCUCCAUUGCCUCUAGAUGCUGUACGUCGACGUGAAAACAUCACUGCACCCACCGUCAUGCCUCCGAGCUUGAUCGGAUUUCUGCGGAAGAAUGUUGGCAAGGACCUGUCCCAAAUAUCAAUGCCUGUAUCCGCCAAUGAACCCAUGUCCCUGCUGCAGCGUGCAGCGGAGAUCCUGGAAUACUCGGCACUGUUGGACAAAGCUUCUCAAUUAUCGGAUGCUGUCGAGCGACUGAUGUAUGUAACCGCGUUUGCCAUCUCCUCUAUCUCGAGUAACCGAGUACGGGAACGCUCCAUCCGCAAACCAUUUAACCCCAUGCUUGGCGAAACAUAUGAACUUGUCCGCGAAGAUCAAGGGUUCCGUUUUAUUGCUGAGAAAGUAUCUCACCGACCUGUACAGCUCGCCUACCAGGCUGACAGCCGCGAAUGGAGUCUUGCUCAAUCUCCGAUGCCUAGCCAGAAAUUCUGGGGCAAGUCUGCUGAAAUUACUACCGAGGGCCGCGUGCGCAUUACCCUGCAUGCUACGGGCGAGCACUUCAGCUGGGUCCCCUCCACCUCUUUUUUGCGCAAUAUCAUUGCUGGUGAGAAGUACGUCGAGCCUGUCGGUGAGAUGACCGUCUACAACGAGUCCACGGGCCACCGCUCUAUCUCGACUUUCAAAGCUGGAGGCAUGUUUUCCGGCCGUAGUGAGGAAGUUUCCACUCGUGCCGUUGACUCUUAUAACAAGCCGGUGACGCUUGGUCUAGUGGGCACCUGGCCUUCAUCUUUGAACCUGACCCGCGACGGCUCCCCGUCUGGUAAUCCCAUCUGGACCGCCGGUCAGCUCGUCCCAAAUGCUCCCAAACACUACGGAUUGACCUCCUUCGCGGCCACUCUUAAUGAAAUCACCUCCAUCGAAGACUCGCGACUUCCACCCACCGACUCCCGUCUCCGUCCUGAUCAGCGUGCCCUAGAGGACGGUGAUCUGGACCGCGCCGAAGAAGUCAAGGUUCAGCUGGAAGAAGGCCAGCGUGCACGUAGGCGAGAAAUGGAAGCCGCCGGCGAGAGCUGGACUCCGCGCUGGUUUACGCCUGCCAGCGAGGAUACCGACGGAGAGGUUGUCUGGCGUCUUAAGGGCGGCAAGGAUGGAUACUGGGAUGAACGUGCCCGAGGCAACUGGUCCAAUGUUAUCCCGGUGUUUGAGACCUGA